AUGGCGGUUUUUGACCUGAGUCUGGAGGCAAACUCAGUCAUCAAGCCUUCACUUCAGAAGCUUUCAUUAGCACCUUCAACCCCUCGGUCCUACAUCUGUCCCCUCUUCCUGGCACAGCGGGAGAGGUGCCGGACCGUCAAGCCAGGUGAGUCUGAGGGGCUUUUGGCUGGGCAGUUGAUAGACCUCCUGCAUCAAGCUGAAGAAACAGUGGAGCUCAUGAAAGUGGAUCAGAUGAUGGACUUCCAAAAUGACUGGAAACUGAUCACGGUAUUUUUUAGUGCUGAAACCCCAUGCUCCUCCGAUGCUUCCACACAACUGAAGGACUGCAUCUUGGAAAACUUGGAAAAACUUACAGCUGUCUUGGAUUUUUUAUAUAAGAAGGUUCCCAAGGCCUUCAUAAACCUAGUGGAUUCCACUGAGCUCACAACUGCCUCUCUUGCAUGCCAAGAUUACAGUAAUGCCAGCAAUCCAGGCAGGAAUCAGUGCAAUUAUGUUGAACAGUCCACAUUACAUGAUAACAUACUGAGGUGGUCCUAUCAGGAUGCUUUGGAAAAACUACUGGAGUCUGAGAGGUUUGAUCAAAAGGAUGACUUCACUGUUGUUCUUCAGCCUUCUCUCCAAGGAAGAAAUCGGCUGCUCAGUUUGGUCAAGGAUGAUUUGUUUACCACAUCAGAGACACAAGUGAAAAUUCUGGAAGAUUAUAUUUUCAUGUCUGUGGGCCUCUGGAACAGCAUGGAAAAUCCAUAUUUGUUUACAUAUAAAAAUAGUAACUACUCAUUUUCCCUGAGGACAUCAAACACCAAAGAAGCAUCUCAGGAGAGAAGUUAUGGAACAAAUAUUCCCUGUCCUGACCGGGUUCCCUCUGAUACAGUUCCAGUUUCAGUUCAUAAUUUGAAACCGGCAGAUAUUCAGGUGAUUGCUGCCCUGGGAGAUUCACUCACAGCAGCUAAUGGGGCAGGAUCCAAACCCAAUGAUGUUCUGGAUGUCCUGACUCAGUACCGGGGUCUUUCUUGGAGCAUUGGAGGAAAUGAAAACAUAAGCACAGUCACGACGCUACCAAAUAUUCUUCGUGAGUUCAACCCAUCCUUGGUAGGGUAUUCCAUUGGAACUGGAACACAAAAUUCGAACAAUGCUGCGUUCAACCAAGCUGUGACUGGGGCUCGUGCAAAGUAA